UCCUCGUACCCUCACAGUGUUACUCUAACGUGGCAGAAGAAGCGAGCCUGGAUUAGUAAAGAUGGAGUUAGCCGUGUUGGUGGCCGUCUCCAUGCUAAUAGGAGCCCUGGUCCUCCUCGUCGUUGUCGCUCUGGGGAAACACCGAGACGAGCAGAAAGAGGAAUCCGGCCAGAACACGGACACAGUCGAGAAAAUAAACGGGCAAUCGGAGAGACUCCUCCCAUCGAAGAAACAGAAACCUCAGCAGCGCCCCCGUAAGGAGAAACCACAGCAGCACACCUUCUCACACCCGCUGCUGGCAUCCUCUCUCAAGGCUCAUAGUGGGAACGUCACCUGCCUGGACUUCAGCAGCAAUGGCAAGUACCUGGCGUCCUGCGCCGACGACCGCACCGUCCGCAUCUGGAGCACCAAGGACUUCCUGGAGCGGGAGCACCGCUGCUUGCGCGCCAACGUGGAGCUGGACCACGCCACCCUCGUCAGCUUCAGCCCCGACUCGCGGGCCUUCAUCACCUGGCUGGCUAACGGCGAGACUAUCCGCGUGUUUAAGAUGAACAAGAAGGACGACGGCUCGGUCACCUUCAUCGCUGCGCCCGAGGACUUCCCCCAGAGACACAAGGCUGCUGUGAUCAACAUCGGCAUCGCAGAGACAGGGAAGUUCAUAAUGACGGCCUCCAGCGACACCACCAUCCUAAUCUGGGACCUGAAAGGGGAGGUCCUGGCCUCCAUCAACACCAACCAGAUGACCAACGCGUACGCCACCGUGUCUCCUUGUGGCAGGUUUGUGGCGUCCUGUGGAUUCACCCCGGAUGUGAAGGUUUGGGAGGUGUGUUUCGGGAAGGGGGGCGACUUUAAAGAGGUGGCGCGGGCGUUUGAUCUGAAGGGGCACUCGGCCGGCGUCUGCAGUUUCUCAUUCUCAAACGACUCGAGGAGGAUGGUGACGGUUUCCAAAGACGGGACGUGGAAGCUGUGGGAUACGGAUGUGGAGUACAAGCAGCAGCAGGACCCGUACCUGCUGCUGACGGGCCAGUGCCAGGUGUCGGAGCCGUGCCGCAUUGCGCUCUCCCCGGACGCCCGCGUGGUGGCCAUCUCCUGCGGCUCCAGCCUGGCUCUGUACAGCGCGGCGAGCGGGGAGCUGGAGGAGGAGUUCCAGGGGGUGCACAGCGAGGAGAUCAGCUCCCUGCACUUCGACAUCAACAACCGAUUCGUAGUGACCAGCGGGGACCGCGUCAUCCGCGUCUUCCACAACACCCCCGGCUACCGCGCCGCCAUCCGCGAGAUGGAGGCCAUGCUGAAGAAAGCCUCCAACGAGGGCAUGCGCCAGAGACUGCAACUGCAAAUCAGAGAUGCACAGAGUGCCCUGGACAGUGUGUGCGCGGUCAGGGAAUGAAAGAGAGAGAGGAGAGGCAUUUCCCAACUUCAAAACUAAAUUAAACUGUUCUUGUUCUUCUCUGCUGUUUCUUGCGUGCGCUUGCUGGUUUUAAAACAAAUUGUGUUUCUAAUAAA